UGGGUGGCCAGCAUCGACCUGGCGGAGAACGAGGACGCCAAUGCCAACGUGGUGGUGGGGGUGACCGAGUCCUUCCCCGACCAGGCUGAGCAGGUGACAACAGAAGUUGGAAAACUUCUUGGGGAAGAAAAGGUGGAUGCAAUCUUGUGUGUAGCAGGAGGAUGGGCUGGAGGCAGCGCCAAAGCUAAAUCUUUAUACAAAAACUGUGAUCUGAUGUGGAAGCAGAGCGUUUGGACAUCCACUAUUUCCAGCCACCUAGCCACAAAACAUCUGAAAGAAGGUGGCCUCCUGACUUUGACAGGAGCUCAAGCUGCUUUGUCUGGAACCCCAGGGAUGAUUGGCUACGGCAUGGCCAAAGGAGCAGUGCACCAGCUUUGUCAGAGUUUAGCCGGUGCCAAUAGUGGUUUGCCAUCUGGUUCUGCUGCUGUUGCCGUUUUACCGGUUACCUUAGAUACACCAGCAAACAGGAAAUCAAUGCCUGAUGCAGAUUUUGGCUCCUGGACACCCUUAGAAUUCAUUGCUGAAACCUUUUACGACUGGAUAACAGGAAAGAAUCGACCAAACUCGGGGAGUCUAAUCCAGGUGAUAACAACAGGAGGGAAGACUGAACUAGUUGCAGCAGCACAUCUUUGAUGUCAGUCACUUAAGGCAGUGGAACCUCAGCAAAGGAGAAGGAAAAUCUGUCUGCCGGUAUAAUCUGGAUGGUCUUCUGUAUCCAGUGAUUGUAGUUGUGUCAUUAAUGGAACCAGAUUUCAAGUAAUAUUUCUGUGCUUUCAGUUGUGAGCUAUCAGUAUUUGUUUACCAACAAGUAUCAAGUAUGUGUCUCUAAAUGAAAGCUGCAGGCUUUAAAGUCUGUAGGUGUCCUAAUUCUGAGCAUUAUAUGUCGUCUUACCUGUUUUCU